CAAGUGACUUUUUCCCACAUUCUUCCUCGCUUUCCUAGCAUUUCGACAUGUCUUCCACUGGCGGCGGAUGGGCGCAACUGCGCCAGCAAGCAAGAGCUUUAGAGACCCAGACAGAAACGCUGUUCCACACCUUCUCGCAAUAUGCCUCGAUGACGAACAUACCCACGAAGCCAUCGGAAGAGGAGCAAAGAACCGAAUCACAACUCCAAGACGUCCUCGAAAAGAGGGAAGCAACCGUCUCACAACUAAACCGCCUCCUCGACUCCGAAUCUGCCGUUAGCGCCUCCGCUGUCCGACAAAACAACCUCGUCCGUCAUCGCGAGCUGCUGCAAGACCAUCGGCGAGAGCUCAGCAGACUGAAAUCCACCAUCAUCGAUGCGCGGAACAAAGCAAACCUACUCUCAAAUGUCCGUUCCGAUAUUGACGCAUAUCGGUCUUCGAAUCCAGGGGCAGCAGAGGCGGAAUACAUGCUGGAUGAGCGGCGGCGCAUCGAUAACUCCCACACCAUGGCCGACAGUGUUCUGAGCCAAGCUUACGCUGUGAAUGAGAAUUUCGGACUCCAGCGGGAAACGUUAGCGAGUAUUAACCGGAGGAUCGUUGGGGCAGCAAGCCAGGUGCCCGGCAUAAAUAGUUUGAUUGGCAGGAUAGGAGCGAAGAAGAGGCGGGAUGGCAUCAUUCUUGGGAGCUUCAUUGCGUUCUGCUUCCUAAUGCUGUUAUGGUUCAGAUAAACUUUCGUUCGCUGAUUUGGGGCACGGCGUUUGGAGCAUUCCGGAUAUCCAUAUGAUGUUACAUUGGUAUGGCUAUUUGAGAUAGCCCAUCUCAGAGGAGCUUGGUGUCUCCUCGUUGUUUGUACAAGUACCCCUUCCAAUAUAUCUCACACCCCAGCAACAGACUGCUA